AUGUUUCCAAAGUCGCCGUUGGGUUUGAUUAUGCCAAAUAACGACAAGCUGCUUCCGCUGGCGGAUGAGGGUUAUGACGACCAUUUUGACUCAUCACUAUCAUACAAACGCGUAUCACGAAAUGAAGAAUACGAUGUUAUCAUUCGUGUAGGACAGGGCGAGAAUCGUGAAGAAUUCUGGUCAUAUUCAAAAGUAUUAAGAAAAAGCGGUUUCUUUGCUGCUGCAUUGAGUAGUCGAUGGGCUAAAAAAUCUGAAGCAGGUCUAUACGUGGUAGAUCUGGAAAGAGUUGAACCGGAUGUAUUUGAAAUCAUACUAAAACUCUCCCCCUCUUUCCUACUCUCUCUCCUCAUUUCGUCAGACGAACUCUCGCUUGACGACCUCACAUCACAAAUCCAAACUCACUUUCUGACGACUGCGCAUAAUUGGACCUUAUCCAACCUAGUUCAUCUACUCAACGCUCUUUACCACUAUGAAGGAGGAUUUUCGCUAUUGAGAACAUUUAUAUUAGAUACGGUAACAAAGAACCCCAGGUUGUUGUUUGGGUCCGAGGAAUUUGGACAAUUGCAAGAAGAAACCGUCAUGGAUCUGGUAGUGAAAAGAACACACGAAUUGGAACAUUGGACUAGCGAUGACUGCGAAAAGAUAAAAGAAAAGCUUAGCACAUUAUUGGAAGAAAUCAUGUUUCCUUCGUUAUCCCGAAACGUAUACUGUCAAAAAAUCAUUCCAUGUGCAAAACUAAUCCCGGACGAUAUCACCAACGAAGUCCUCGACUACUACCUACGACGUAGAAAGGCCGAUUAUAUACCGAUCCAACCCAAAGUCAUUCUCCGCGAUUCGACCAUAAUCAACCACUUUCACGCAUCGAUAAUUUCCAAAUGGAUCGAAGCAGGCAACGCUCGACUGUCUCGCAAACCAUCGUCCCGGAUUAAACGUCUAUCUCAACAAAUAUUUCAUCCUCGAUCAUCUUAUCGAUUCAAUCUUAUCUUUCGCAAGAGCCGAUAUGGAUUUGUAUCCGAAGAUUACAGGAGUCAAUGCUCGGGGGUAACGCCAAUGGUUGUUGUGGCCAAAGUCAAAAACUCUUACAAACUUGUGGGCGGAUAUGCACCAGUCGGCUUGAACACUGCUGGCGCCAAGAAGGAGAUUAAAGAUGGGUGGGAAAAAAGUUUCAUAUUCAGUUUUUCGGAACCCGAACAAGGCAGUCUACGAGACUGUGCAGUCAUGAGCAGGAUGGUUGAGGAGAGGGAAGGAGGGUAUAUUCCAUUUUCGUGGUUUGGUCCUCGGUUUGGUAGUGACUUGUUUAUCAAUUUGGAGACUGAUCGAUGUGUGUGUCGGCAAGCAUAUUACGAAAAUUCUGUGAUGGAUGAGAGUAAUUUUGCCAUCGAUGAUUGUGAAAUCUUUGAAGUGGUCAAAUCUGAUGAUUGA